CAUCGUGCAAAUAGGUGCUAGUUCUUGGUUUUUCACGAGGUAAGAGCACUUGGCGCUUUGGAUCUUCAAACGCACACAUAGAAUGGGAAAGCGCAUGUCUCAGAGGCUUAUACCUGGAUGCAGCUGUGCGAAUCAGCCGUGUUGAUAAUCGCCUUGGUUACGCAUAUCUUUCCUUGCAUGUUCACGACUAAACGUUAGCAAACUAUCUUUCAUUCCCAGUCUUUUUGUGUCUAUAGCUUCACUUCAUCUCUACCCCACAUUCAGAUAUCUCACCAUCUACGCGUUCCAAAUCACACAUUGCAAGCUUUUGUCAUCACAAAUGGAGGCAACUCAGGAAUCAACCCAGCCGUGUACGGACCCUCGCCGUGCUGGCUACAACAAUUCGGGUCUACUUGAGGAUGAUGUGACGGAUAUCAUCUGUAUCUUACACCCCAAUUCGCCUGCAGCUCAUGAAGCGGUGGCAGCAACCGCCCGCCAGAGUCCCCAACACAUCUGGCAAAGACAUGAGCUAGAUUAUGAGUGCUCCGACACCGCCGCUCUAGACUUCGCUCUUCGGCUGUCAUCUCAAGUGGUCAGCCCCAGUUCCGGCUUCUUCUUUGGACGAAAUUCGGCUCGCUCCGAUCUGUUGCUCACCCCACAGGGCGAGAUGGGGCGGAUCUCCAAUACACACUUUCGCAUCUUCCUGACCCAGGACGGCAUCCUCAUGCUCGAAGAUACCUCCACGAACGGCACUAUCGUGGACAAUUGCCGCCUUCGCAAAAAUCAGAAAGAGAAAAGCCGCAUGCUGGUGAAUGGGUCAGUGAUCCAAGUCAUGAAUGGAGAUAACUCCUCAGAUGAGCUCCGGUUCAUUGUCCGCAUUCCCUCCCGAGAUGGUUACAUGAUGCAAUACACCGAGAACAUCUUACGCUACUUCGAUCGAAUCUCCAAGCUUCAGCCUCAACAGCCCGGUAAGACUCGGAAUUCUCGCGCCACACCCGCACCGGCCUUGCAGCUUUCGGGCCUAAACACCUAUGGGAUGCACUGGUCUGGAGGGUCAACGUACAAUGUUACCGGUCAGAUCGGAAAAGGUGCCUUCGCUACGGUCUAUAAGCUCGCUACAAAACAGCAUGGGGCUGUCUAUGCCGCCAAAGAGCUCGACAAGCGACGGUUCAUAAAAAAUGGCAUACUCGACAAGAAGGUUGAUAAUGAAAUGCAGAUCAUGAGGGAUUUGAAACAUCCUAACAUCGUGCAAUAUAUCGACCACCAUGAACACGACCGUUGGAUCUACAUCAUCAUGGAGUACGUCCCUUGUGGCGAGUUGUCCACCUACUUGCAGUCACAUGGAAACAUUUCAGAGGACAUGGUGAAGCCUAUGGCCCGUCAGAUCCUGCAUGCCCUACAAUACCUUCACGCCCGCAAGAUCACGCACCGUGACAUUAAGCCAGACAAUAUCCUGAUCUCUUCUUUUGAUCCCCUGACGGUCAAGUUAUCGGAUUUUGGUUUAUCCAAAGUUGUUCAGGAGGAGACCUUCUUGAGGACCUUCUGUGGUACUCUUCUAUACUGUGCGCCUGAGGUAUAUCCUGAGUAUGAGACUUAUCGGCGGGGGGAAAUUAAGAAACGGCGCCGCCUGGGUGACCCGCCUCCCAAAACGUCUCCAUACGGUCAGUCGGUCGAUAUGUGGUCGCUGGGCGCUGUCCUUUUCCACUUACUCGCUGGAGUUCCCCCCUUCGCUCCACGAGGUGACGACAGGGGAGCCCAAAUGCUUAGAAUCAUCAUGACCGAGGACGCCGAUUACAGUCAGCUUCGUAAUGUUGGGAUCUCCGAAGACGGGAUCGACUUUGUCGCUCGACUCUUGAAUCGUGAUCCCCAUUCUCGACCGAAUGAGAAGCAAUGUUUCCGGCAUCCAUGGAUCGCAGAUGUCCCAGAUACCGACCAAUACGAGGACGACGAAGCCAACACUGGUGUCUCCGAUGGCCUUUCAGACAUCGGCGAGGAUGUUGAAGAUGAGCUGGACGCUUCCCAGCUUUCACUCAACGACAAAGCGAUUAAGAUCCUAGAUGAAGAGGGAAGCGACCUGGCUCAAUCAAAGAAAAUUAAACUCGAUUUUCCUCCGGUCGAUAUUCAUUACCCGUCGCUGCCGGAGAUUGAGAGCUUCGCGUCGCUUCAGCCAGUGGCACAUUCCACGCCAAAACGCCUUUUCGGUGAGAUCACUCCAUCGAUUGUUCACAGCUCCCAAGCGUUAGGGAACAAUGUGGAGGCGUUCGACGGCGAUGACUACAGCGUCAAUGACUUUUUGUCUUCAACUGGUGAGUCGAUGAUAAGCGACGGCAACAGCCUAUUUUCUAUCCUCUCCCUCCCGGAAAACCCCAUUGCCGGAUCUGCACCUAGCUUGAUGGGAGCUGAGAAACUUAUUGGGCAGCUGAACGUGAACUCACGGCACCCUGGCACAUCGAGUCCCAUACCCCAGGGCGCCGAGGCACAGGAACCGCCAACUAAAGCGAGCAUAGGCGACCCGGUCAAGCCACCCUCGAGCACCAAAAAGCGGACCGAUGUUGUUGAGGAGACCCCAAAGCCUUCGACCAUAUUCAGUCGACGAAUAGAGCUGCCCAUGCCUGACACUGCCAGUGACGGGUCAAGUCCAGAGCCUUUAUCAAGAGAGCCUGUAUCAAAGCAGAAGAGCCAAGAGCCUGAGGCCCAAAGUGGCGAGGUGGAAAUUUUCAGUAUCGAGUUGGCAAAUACGAUCGAUGCCAAAACAGGAAAGCAGCUUCCGGACAUAGCCAAGAGACCAGAACCUCCGGAACCGCCUUUAGAACCGGAUCCUCUAUCAGACGACGUGCCACUUCAGGUCCCACAACCUAUGCCUUCACGAAAAGAGCCUCGGCCUCUCCUUGGUAGAUUAAGUACGCUCCCAGGAUCGAUAUUCGAUCUCACCCUUCGUUUGGAGACCCGAAUGACUUCCUGGGGCCGCGGACCGCAAGCCACCAUUUGUUACCCCGAACCGAUGGAUACCCGGAUUCCUGCAUAUGCCUUAGAGGUGACCUUCUGGGCGCCGGCCAUCGAGGCCAAAAUUGCGGAAGGCCUUGACUGGAUGAGUGUUCCGGGAGUAAUGGCUAUUCUCUCCACCAAGACACGCAAAUGUAUAUGGGUAAAUGGCACUGAGCUACGGCGCGGGCCUGAGGGAGACAACAACAACCGGGAAGGGUUCCACUUCGGCAAGCUGUAUACAGGCGACGUCAUUACCGUCUAUCAACAUCGAAACAAAUUUUUGAAAUUCGAGUGCGAGUUCUACCAUGGGGACAGCGCGCGUCCACGACCAGAAGAUGAAAAGGGCUUCACGAUUCGCAAAGUGUUGAUGCCCAAGGAAAAGGCUGUUAACCAACUGCCGAUGCGGAAAGACUAUGGGAAAAAGUAAGAGGCUUAUUUGUUUGGCCGGGUUGGAUUGAGUCAAAAGUGAGUGAUAGGAUUCGUACCAUGCAAC